AUGGGGCCAAAAGAACCAAUUUACUGCUUUGUCGGGAAUCCUGAAGAAUCAUCAGGGUUUGCUUCCAUACGCGUGCCCACAGGAGAUUUCUUUGCUUUACCUAAUUAUACUGGUACACCAAAAAUAAUCGAAUCCGGAUACUACCAUGCUGUAGUCACAUGGAGGCAAUGGAACCCACAAUUUGAUACUGGAGAUGGACCUAUUGUCGGCUACAAGAUAUACGUCCGGUCUGACUCUGAAGAUGUAUUGGACGAGAAGGUUCUGCCGCCAGGAGUAGCCAAUAGUUCAGAAAGUGUUGUUUCGAAGAGUUUUGCACAAAAUGCCACAGACAUGGUAACAUAUAACGUCACCAAACUGGAAGCAGGAUCGAUAUAUGCUAUUCAGAUUGCAGCAAUCCGAGAUGGCAUCAAGGGUGAAGGAGAAAAAGGACCACCUCAGAAUUUUACAACAAAAAGUCUCCCUGUGACAUCUACCGUAUCCAGUACUCCACAAGAUUUGACUACCAAGGCUAUUGCUGCGGAUGGCCAUGAUAAGAGCCUGGAUGAUAUGACGUUUGAGCAUGUAGAGCCUGGAGGACAAACUAGUAGUUCCAUGGCAACGGUUGCUGGUGGAGUUCUCGCUUAA